AUGGCGUGUUCUUCUUCUACAACACUUUUAUCAAAUUCACUUCACAUUAACCAAAUCACAAUUCAACAUGUAUCUCCCAUAGUUUCACUAAACCGAAAACUUCCAAUAUAUUCUAAAAAACCACUCAAACUUUCAACCACCACCACCACCACCACAAUACCCUUUGCCUCUGGUUCUGCAGGAGUUGAGUCUCCCUUGCUGAGUGAGGACACCUCAAGCUCACUGGAUUUGGUGAAAGUGUUUGAUUUGGAAGGAAAUGGGAUUCCAAUUUCUGAUUUAUGGAAAGAUAGGAAAGCUGUUGUCGCAUUUGCUCGUCACUUCGGGUGUGUACUUUGCCGCAAGAGGGCUGAUUAUCUUGCAUCAAAGAAGGAUAUAAUGGAUGCAUCUGGUGUAGCACUUGUAUUGAUUGGACCUGGCAACAUUGAUCAGGCCAAAUCCUUUGCCGAGCAAACAAAAUUUAAAGGAGAAAUCUAUGCAGACCCUGCUCAAUCGUCGUAUGAGGCUUUAAGAUUUGUUUCUGGAGUUUUAACCACAUUUACCCCCAAAGCAGGUCUUAAGAUAAUAGAAUUGUACAUGGAAGGUUAUCGACAAGAUUGGAAGCUUUCAUUUGAAAAAGAUACUGUUAGCAGAGGAGGGUGGCAACAAGGAGGAAUUAUUGUUGCAGGUCCGGGUAAAGGUAACAUCUCAUACAUUCACAAGGACAAAGAAGCAGGGGAUGACCCAGAAAUUGAAGAUAUCUUAAAAGCAUGUUGCUCUUGA